CCGUGCAUGGGCUUCCACAUUUGGUGCAUCACUGCUUUUCCCGGUUUUGCCAGUAUCACUCUCACUCCUUCAAAUUUAGCAAACCAGUCCUUUGGAAUUCCCAUAUUUCCAUUUUCCUACCCUCCAAAUCCUCCUUUCUUUUCCUCUCCAUCCAUCCAUACACUUAUCUUCCAAUCUAACACUUUACAGGACAACAAAAUGCUAUUCUCCUGUUCCACUUUUUUUGUAUUGUGCAUGUAAAUUCGAUCCUGAUUCGCGAAACUUCGGUGUUUGGUUUAUGUGGGUGGGAUGAAGAUCGAGGAAUUGGAGGACCUAGAUUGCGAUCUAGGUCUAAACGAUAGCGUUGAUUCGAAGCAGGUGGUGAGCGUGGACGCGAAGAGGGCGUUGGUGGGAGCCGGUGCGCGGAUCCUGUUUUACCCUACCCUUCUGUAUAAUGUGUUUAGGAACAAAAUCCAAUCUGAGUUCCGAUGGUGGGACGAAGUUGACCAGUAUCUUUUGCUGGGUGCGGUUCCAUUUCCUAAGGAUGUUCCGAGGUUGAAGCAGCUUGGUGUUGGUGGCGUCAUUACUCUCAAUGAGCCUUAUGAAACUUUGGUUCCAUCAUCCAUGUAUCAUGCCCAUGGCAUUGAACACCUUGUAAUUCCCACAAGAGAUUAUCUUUUUGCUCCUUCUUUUGUGGAUAUCAGUCGAGCUGUGGACUUCAUUCACGAGAACGCAUCCUGUGGUAGAACUACAUAUGUUCAUUGUAAAGCCGGGAGAGGGAGGAGUACAACUAUCGUGCUUUGUUAUUUGGUAGAGUAUAAGCACAUGACUCCUACUACUGCUCUAGAAUAUGUGCGGUCUAGAAGACCUCGAGUGUUGCUUGCUCCAUCACAGUGGAAGGCUGUUCAAGAAUACAGUAGGCGCCGACCACCUCCUCUUGCACAGUCUCCCUCAGGGGAUGCAGUGCUGAUAACCAAAGCAGAUCUAGAAGGAUAUAAUAGCGCUUGUGAUGAUGAAGCUGUUGGUAAGGAACUGGCACUUGUCCCUAAAAUCAAGGUCAGGCCCAUGAUGGCUAGGCUGUCCUGUCUCUUUACUUCCUUGAAAGUUUCUGGUGUAUGUGGACCUGUAGCGAGUCGGAUGCCUGAGGCACGUGCUUGCUGAGGCCCUGAAUCCUCCAUGAAAUGUUGUGAGGUUGUCUUGUUGUAAAGAAAAGCUUCAUGAAAUAAGAUCGGAAUCUUCACAUUAACCCUCUUGUUUAUGAGAGAAAACUGAACAGAAAAGAUAAGUGGUAAAGUUCUUCAUGCUGCAUAUGUCAGUGGUAGUAAUCGAUGAAUAAUUUGCAUAUGUUGUACAUGACAUUAUUAUUAUUAUUAUUUUAUUUACUUUUGGUAGUCAUUUCUGAAUGAUAACCUGAUUCUCUGUAAGAAUUGAGCACUUUACUGCAAGUUGAAAGAUUGUAGCCCUUUUGUGUUGGUUUA